GUUAUCUCCAAUAAAACACAGAAAGAAAAUAUGUGUUUGGUCGGAUCAUUAUUCUCGUUCAUAGUCUUCCUUAGCUGUAUCAUUGCGGUUUGUGGCCAAGGUACGAGGAUCGGGUUCUACUCAACCACAUGCCCUGACGCCGAGACCAUUGUUCGGACCACUGUGACAUCUCAUUUUGGUUCAGAUCCAAAGAUUGCACCUGGUUUACUAAGAAUGCACUUCCAUGAUUGCUUUGUCCAGGGCUGUGAUGGUUCAGUGCUUAUAUCAGGACCUAACACCGAAAGAACCGCUGGUGCAAACCUUAACCUACGUGGUUUUGAAGUCAUUGACGAUGCCAAGACGCAGCUUGAGGCCGCGUGUCCUGGUGUUGUCUCUUGUGCCGAUAUUUUAACCUUAGCCGCUCGUGAUUCAAUCGCCCUCACGAAAGGACAAAGCUGGCAAGUCCCAACAGGACGCAGAGAUGGACGAGUUUCAUUGGCAACGAACGUUAACAAUCUUCCUUCUCCAAGUGACUCCGUGGUUGUUCAACAAAGGAAGUUCGCCGCCUUCCGCCUCAACACUCGCGAUCUUGUCGCUCUCGUCGGUCAGAGGACACACGAUUGGAACAGCAGCAUGCGGGUUUUUCAUGAACAGAAUAUUCAAUACGACCGGAAACAGAGCAGAUCCAACCAUGGACCAAACAUUUGUACCAGACCUCCAAAGACUUUGUCCUCUAAACGGAGACGCAUCAACUCGAGUGGAUCUUGAUUUCGGAAGUGGAAAUACUUUUGACACUUCAUUCUUCAACAAUCUUAGUCGCGGCAGGGGAAUUCUUCAAUCCGAUCACCUCCUUUGGACUAAUCCAACGACUAGAACUAUAGUGCAAGAGUUUUUAGCUUCUAAAGACAGCUUCAAUGCUCAGUUUGCGAGGUCGAUGGUGAGGAUGAGUAAUAUUGGUGUGAAGACAGGGGCGAAUGGGGAAAUUCGUAGAGUUUGUUCGGCUGUUAAUUGAAAUGUUUCAUUAGGCAAACUUAUUGCCUCGAGUGUUUAUUAAUUUGUUUAGAGUGUGCCUUUUAAUCUCAGUACUAGGUGAUUACCCGUGAUGGAAAUUUUAUGGAAUGAACGUUUCAUAA